AUGGAGUACAUAAUCAAGUUUCUACUGCGCCGAGAGCUGCUCUUGCAGAACUUUACGACAUACAAGCCCAGUGGAUCGAUGAGGAAUAGAUACCACAGCAACUAGCUAAGACUUACUUGGUUACUGAGGGAGAAGAGGGUCUCCAGAUCCUUCAAACAGGAGAAAAUUUGGCUUCAGUCUACCGUAGCCAAGGUCAAUGGAACGAGGCGGAAGAGCAAGGGACGAAAGUUUUAGAAAUGAGCAAACGCUUGUUGGGUGUCGAUAAUUUCUCUACUAUAUGCAGCAUUUCAAAUAUUUCUCGCCAUGGUUUACAGACAACAAGCUCGGUGGGACAUGUCACAGAAGUUAGACCUCCAAGUAGUGGAACAAGGAGAGAAAUUGCUUGGUCCACAUGUAAAAAACCCUCGUGUGUUAUCUGGAAAUCGAAUUUAGCGUCCACAUAUGGUCGCCAAGGCCUAUUUCAUCACGCCGAGGAGCUGGAAGAAGAAAUACACAGACUUCGAAAAACCGUACUGGGCCCUGACCAUCCAGACACACUUAACAGUAUGGUAAAUCUUACCGCUUUGUACCAGCAGCAGGGAAGGUGGGCGAAGGCCGAGGCAGAGGUGCUUGGAGAGCUAGUAGUGGCGAGAAGCAAGAAAAUUUUGGGCGAGGAACAUUCCGAUACCGUAACCAGAACCGCUAAUCUUGCCAUUUUAUAUGCCUUUAAGGGUCAGUUCGGUAAAGCUGAGUGCCUAGAGUUGGAAGUGAUACAAGCGAGAAAGAAGACACCCUUCAACACUGACCAGCAUGAAUAA